AUGUCCAGUAAGUCGUUGGUUAACAAAGGUGUGUCCCGUUUCCGUCCGGCACAAUGGUUACAAGAGAAAGGGUUAGCUCCUCAUGUCUAUUUGUUUCGUAAUUUGGAGAAAGGUCAAGUGGUUUAUUCUCAAAUGCCAUUAGUAUCGCAAAGACAGAUUGAUACGUUGUUCGUGAGACCGAACUGGGAUAACAAGAAGCCUUCCACGAGGAGAGAUUUAUGGAAAUGUAUGGCAGUGGUACGCGUACCGUCACACUCUACAGCUGUCCAGUUAUUUCAAAAUUUAAGUAGAUUAAGGUAUAUGAGAGAUGUGUUGUAUGCUCGAGAGAACGACAAGUUGAGGAAGAAGAAUGAGAUGGGUAGGGUGUGGUACAGUGGUCAUUUCAGGCCUGGUUUUGCGCAGGAGGCAGUUGCUGAUUUGAAGGAAUCAUUAUUGAAGUUGGAUGAUAAACCAGGAGAAGCCACUAUCUUUUGGGAAGAUCCCUGGAGAAUGGGGGAUUUGGAGAAAUAUUGGACUCCAGAGCUUCCUAAUGUGAAACAUGAGAAGAUUGAUCGUAAUUGUAAUGUCUCUAGAGAAGAGAGUCAGAUUUUAAAAGAAUUAGCACAGCAAACUUUAGAAUCUAUGAAUACGAAGAAUCAAGAAGUAUAG